AUGAGCGAUUCGCCAACUACAACAGCGGCACGUGCCGUGGACCAAAGUGUGUCUGUCGAGUCACUGCGAGCGCAGCUGCCAUCGCCCAGCAUCAAGGCCAAAGAGGUCACAAGCCGCUCGCAUGCAUCCUUUGGGACGUGGCUGUCGGUUUUCUCCACCGGUCAAUGGCGCAGUGCCCAAGUCAUUGACGAGAAGGACAAUCUCCUGUGUGUAAGCUUCACGGAUGACGACGAGGAAGACAUGUGGAUCGAUCGUGAGUCGCAUGACAUUUCGUUCGACAACGUGGACGACUCGUCCUCACUCGUGGCCAUUGCCCGGCCACCAGGGUCUCCACAGGAUCAAUUUUUGGGCCUGGCAAACCAUGGUAACAUGUGCUUUCUGAACAGCCUUCUUCAGCUGCUCUAUUCACGACCUCAAUUCCGCGACGCUGUCCUUCGUACUCCGCCUGCAAAUGCCACGGAACAGUCUUUGAUGGAAUGCUUUCAGCAACUUCACCGAGGAUGUGGGACCACAGGGGAUGCAAGUGCUGUGCUGAAGGCCGUUGGACUCGACAUCGGUCUGCAGCAGGACAUCCAACAAGUGUAUUUGCUGCUUAUGGAUUUGAUGGAAUCUCACCCGGUAACUGAAUGCGUCACAGGCUCCAUUCUGUACUCGAUCGGGUACAAGGGCGAACUUCGCGUCAGCACGGCUGGAUUCCACUGCUUGUCCCUCGAUGUGGUGGGCGUUAAAUCCCUUGAGGAAUCACUUGCAGAGUGGGCAGCACCAGAGUAUGUCGACGACUUCGAUUGGGACGAAAAGUCCUGUGGAGUCACAGUUACCAAGCAAUCGACGUUGAGCGUGUUGCCGCCACUUCUGCUCUGCCACCUCAAUCGAUUCACCCUCAACUACGACACCUGGGCGACCGAAAAGGUCGCAUCAUGGCUUUCUUUUCCAAUGACAUUGUCUUUCCGGGAAGAAUACGUGCUCCGAGGCAUCGUAGUGCACUGCGGCGAUGAAGCUUCCUCAGGACACUACAAGGCUUAUCUCGACACCAACAACUCGUGGAUGGAGUUCAACGACAGCCUCGUGCGGCCGUGGGACGUCGACACCCACCUGCACACGGAUUGCUUUGGUGGACCAGGCACCGACCAAUGCGCCUACUUGCUGUUGUACGAGAUGCAAGUCACGGUGGAAGAAUGUAACUAG